AUGUCCGAAAUUCCCAAGAAAAGCAAUAACUCCACUGCACCAACACCGCAAAAUACACCUGCUAACAAUGCCCCAAUCUCGUCACACGCGCAGCAGCCCGGUGUUGGUACGAUAAAAGAAGAAGAAUUAGAUCGUACGGCAUCGGCGUCAAUCUUUGCGCACAACCCAAAACUAGUCCAAAUGAUACAAGGUAAACUAGGUUCACUCGUUGGAAGAUCAUCAGGCUACGUAGAAUCUCUUCCCACAGACUUAGAGGCACAGUUUCAAGCGGAGGUUCUAGAAGUUGAGAAAAAAUACUUCGGCAAAUUCACGCCAUUAUAUAUCAGGCGUUCCCAAAUUGUUAGCGGAAACGCCGAGCCCACCGAAGAUGAGGUCAACGCAGGUGUUCAAGAUGAGGAAGAUCAAGACAAAGAAGAGUUAGCUGAAAAACCUAAGGAACCCUCUGACGUGAAAGGAAUACCUGAAUUCUGGUUAUCUGCCAUGAAAAACCAGGUAUCAUUAGCAGAUAUGAUCACAGACAAGGAUGAGGCAGUACUCAAAGACCUUACAGAUCUUCGAAUGGAAUAUCUCGAAAAAGCUGGAUUUAAACUUGUCUUUGAAUUUUCCGAAAAUGAAUAUUUCACUAACAAGACACUCACCAAAACUUACUACUACCAACACGAAAAUGGGUAUGGCGGAGACUUUAUUUACGACCAUGCCGAGGGUGAUAAGAUUGAUUGGAAGGAAAAUAAAGACUUAACGGUUCGCAUUGAGAGCAAAAAGCAACGAAACAAAACUACGAAACAAACUCGUAUUAUUAAGAAGACUGUACCAACAGAUUCCUUUUUUAACUUCUUCUCUCCACCUACGGUUCCCACAGCCGAAGAUAACGACGACGCUGCAACCGACAUUGAAGUUAGAAUGGAACUUGACUAUCAAAUUGGUGAAGACAUUAAGGAGAAGCUUAUUCCUCGCGCCGUUGAUUGGUUCACCGGUGAAGCACUACAGUUUGAGGAGAUAGAUGAGGAUAUUGAGGAAGGCGACUUUGAAGAUGAGGAUGAUGACGAGGAUCGUGAUUUUAACGACGAUGACGAUGAGGAGUCAGAUGAAAAUGACGAUACUGGAAAGCCGAAAACUGAGACGGCUGAGUGCAAGCAGAGCUAG